AUUGGAAAUCAUUUUUUUGGUUAUUGGCUACUAAAAGACAAUUGAAAUGAGAAUUACAGCGCUACACAUAAGUUAACUGUCUUCUCUGGUCAGGGUUUAACCUUCGAAACAUGUACAAAAUCGAAAAAGAGCAGUUUUUUCUUUCCUAAAAUAAAGCAUAAUUAUUUAAUAACACAUGUAAAUAUUAAUCAUUAACUAAAUAGAAAACAUGAAAUUAUUUAAGCUAAUAGUUCACCAAAAAAAUUAUAGUGGUGAUGAUUUAAUAAUUAAUCCAAAAGAUUAUCCUGGAAUAAAGACAGGUGAUGUUGUUGAAAUUUAUCAUCCUGAAGAUGAGUUUAGCCGUUUACUCCUUCAAGUCACUUCAUUUAAGGAAGAUUUACAGGGUCGUGAAACAAUUAGCGUUGAAAAUAAUGUAGCACAAAUGUUUCAACUUCGAACCUACGCUGAUGUCUACAUGAAUAUUGUUAAUCCUGAUGAUGUAGCACUCGACUCUAUCGAAUUAACUUUUAAGGAUCAAUAUAUGGGAAGAAGUGAAAUGUGGAGGUUGAAAAAUAGUCUUGUAAAUACUUGUGUUUAUAUGAAUAAAAAAAUCGUUUUUUGUGCCGAGUCAAUUAGAUGUCAGGUUCACGAAAUGUGGUCACAAGGUGAUCGUGUUGCUUGUGGAGUUAUAACAGAUGAUACAAAAGUUGUUUUUCGGUCAUCAACAAGUAUGGUCUAUCUUUUUAUCCAAAUGAGCUGUGAAAUGUGGGAUUUUGAUAUUCAUGGAGAUUUAUAUUUUGAAAAGGCAGUUAAUAGUUUCUUAGCCGACCUUUUUCAAAAAUGGAAAAAAAAUGGUAGCAAUCAUGAAGUAACAAUAGUAUUAUUUUCAAGAACUUUUUAUAAUGCUAAUACUCUCGAAGAAUUUCCCAAUCAUAUGAGAGAAUGUCUCCAACAAGAUUAUAGGGGUAGGUUUUAUGAAGAUUUCUAUCGAGUUGCCGUCCAAAAUGAGCGUUUUGAAGAUUGGAGUAAUGUAUUAGUACAACUACGUAAACUUUUUACUGAUUAUCGUAAUAUUGUCUUAAAUUAUCAUCAAAAGCCUGGGAUUACUAUUCCAGAAGCUACAAACUCUACAGCAGCUCAAGGAAACUUCUUAGAAGUUCUUAACAUGUCUCUUAAUGUGUUUGAAAAACAUUACUUAGACCGAAGCUUUGAUAGAACAGGACAGUUAUCAGUCGUUAUAACACCAGGAGUAGGAGUGUUUGAAGUUGAUAGAGAAUUGACGAAUGUGACAAAACAGAGAAUAAUUGACAAUGGUGUUGGAAGCGAUUUAGUUUGUGUUGGAGAGCAACCACUGCAUGCAGUUCCCUUAUUAAAGUUUCAUAAUAAAGACACAUCUAUUAAAGUUCCUGAUGACUAUAGUAUGCCUCACUGGAUUAAUUUGAGCUUCUAUUCAACAAAUAAAAAAAUUCCUUACUCAACGUUCAUUCCACGGAUUAAACUACCUCAAAAAGUAACAAAAUCAUCUACAGAUAAUGAAAAGUUACUGUGCAAAACAAAUAAACUUAUUCAAGAAGAUCCAAGAGAAUUGCAUAAUACUCUUUUUGAUUACGAUGCUUAUGAUGCACAAGUUUUUCAAUUACCUACUAUUCACUCAACCAAAGGUUCUGUACGAACAAAAAAAACGAGUGUUGCCUGUAUGGAGACUCAUAAUAAUGCUCAAGCCUUAAAACUUCUAAAACGUAAAUUAUCAGAUCCAGAUAUUCAUCAUUUUCAAUCAGAUUCUCAUUCACCACCAGUAAGUGGAAUUCGUAGUGCUGCAAUUACAAUACCUUGUCGAGCAGAUGAUGUAACAAGAAAUGACUCAACUGAAGAAUCUAAUGUCCAAGCAAAAACACCAGUAAAAAGUGAAUCUACUGACAAUGAAAUAUCUCCACCAUUCCGCCCAGUGGUUGGAAGUGCAGGAAGCCCUACUACUUCGAUUCAACCAAUAUUGCCUCGACCUGGUCGAGCACUUAUAAAUCCUUUUGAUCCAUCACAUGUAACGAUUAAGUUAACCAGUAACAGACGCCGAUGGACUCACAUUUUUCCCAAAGGACCAACAGGAGUGCUGAUUCAACAACAUCACUAUCAAGCAGUUCCAGCUCAAUCAAAAUCAGACCCAACCAUGAACACCAGCUCAACAACAAGUUCUCCUAUUGAGUGUGGUUUAACAUCUACAUCAGAUUCAAUAUCCAGAUCAACAUCACAAAUAGGAUUCCAGGAUCAUACAAAGGCAAAAUCCCAACGAUUGAAUCAACCUGGAGACAAAAAUGGCCAUUACGUAUUACCACGUGUUAAUAAAAGUUUGACACUACUGUGGGGUGCCACUGGCGAACAAGAGUGGACUCCAGCUCUUACGACAGCGAUCAUAGGAGUUGAUUGGAAAUCAUUAACUAUACCAGCUUGUUUACCUAUCACAACUGAUUAUUUUCCUGAUAAACGAGCUCUUCAAAAUGACUAUGUUGUUUCUGAUUAUAAUCUUCUCCCAGAUGAUGUAAAUGCAGAUUUUGCACAACAACGAGCAAUUUAUAAAAAACCAUUAACAACAGCUGAAGUUUUUAAAGAACUUGUAUCCCAAAGGCUAGCCCAAGGUUUUCAAUUAAUAAUUUUGCCAUCAAAUGACAAAAAUAAAUUUGCUAAAUCAAAUAACAAUAUCAAAUUACAUGUGAGUUCUGUUAUGCGUGGAAGGCAAACUGAUUCAGAACCAAAAGAAGAAUAUUUAUUAAGUAUCGGUAGAAUAUUUCAUAAAAUAUCUUUAUGUGGAAAUUGUAUAACAGUCACUAGGUAUCGUCCAAGACACCCAUAUCCUCCUUUCAAUAUUCAUUAUCGCUAUCGGUUUCAUGCUCCUCAUCAUGAUACUUAUGAAGUAUCUUGGGUAUCAUUUACAACAGAAAAACUUGAAAAUUACAACUGGAAUUAUUUAGAUCAUUAUAUUUGUACCAGAGGUGACACUGAUUUUUCCUUAGUUGAGGCAUUAAAAUACUGGAGAUUUCGGAUGUUCUUAUUGCCAGCUAAUAAUUCUGGAACUCGUAAAAUAAUUGAAGGAUCUCCAAGAUGUGAUGUUUAUGUACCUCCAACUUCAACAGAACAAUCUCAAUACAUGGAUGGUUUUUUGCGAUUCAUCGAAAAUUAUUUGAAUAAAAUUCGUCGACCUAAUCCAAAUAAAAAUUGGAGCCCAACAGCUUUAAAUGCCGUACCCUCGAGAGAUCCUGCAUCGCACCUGACCAGACGUAGACACAGCACAAGUCUGAUAUUCCUCACUAACCAGACAAAUCUUGUUGGAAGUUCACCGUUUAGAGAACGCUUGGGAAGCAAUAGAUUACCCGAAAAACCAAGACCAAGAUCUGGAUCCAAAGUUAUGGAUAGAGGCCGAGUAUCACCAGCAAGUGAAGCUGUUUUACCUUUGUCUUUAGAGCAGCCACAGCAAGACCAUUCGGAAAACAAUGAAGAAAAUUCGAAUGCCGAAAUAAUGAAACUUAAAAGUAAUGCAUCAAAUAUCGAAAUUUUAGAAGUAUUAAAACAUCCUCAACAUGGAAUUGGAUUUUUGACACCACAUCCAGUACUACCUAGUCAAACUUUUGUAAGUGCUGAUGCUGUACAAUGGUUAAAUAAUCACAUAGAAGGUGGAGUGGCUGUAAAAAAGGCUAUUGCAAUAAUGCAGAGCAUGAUUUCCGACAAGCUAAUUUGUCACGCCUCUGGAGAUUUUACGAAACCUUUCGUUUUUGGCUUCUAUUUAUAUUAUAUUAUCCAAGAUAGAGAUGGACAAAAAGAACAUUCUUUACCAUUAGGAGAUUUACAAAGUUUUGAAAAUGAAUGGGUUGAAGUAGAAAUGGAACCACCAAAAGAUUGGUGUCAAUUAUCAUCUCAUAUUUCCUUAUCAAAUACAACGUCUCCAAUACCAAUAGGCAAUUGCGAAACAAUCGAUGAAUCCAACAUUCCAGCGUUUCUUCGUGAUGACUUGGAUGUUAUUAAAGGAACAAAUGAAACAGACUGGAGAGUUUCAUCACCCCCAUUUAAACACACGCAUCUUGAUGUAGAUUUAUAUAAUAAAAGUGAUAGAAUUGAAUGGGGACAUUUACGAUAUCAAUCAAAAUUUAAAGCUGAUCACGCUUACGAAUUAGUUGUUCAGUGGAUUGCUUCUUCAGGGUGUAUAAUAAAUGAUUUGUUAAUGGUAUGGCAACGAAAAGCUCAAUUUAGUGGAAUACAAAUGGUACCAAUUCCAAGUGAUUUAUUGGCAUUACCAUAUACCUUAAAAAGUGAUCCUUUAAGAGGUCCAAUUUUUAUACCAUUAAAUACUGAAUGUCUCAUGGUUAAUAAACAAUAUCUUUUUGAAGAAUUUCAUGAAGAUACAUACGCACGAAGAUUAUUUCUCUUUCAAGAGGCUAUUCUUCAAAGAUUUGGCUUUAUACCGUGUUUAGCUGAAAGUUCAGAACAUGAUCAUCAAUAUGUUCAUGUUACUGGAAAUGUUUUUAUCUUACUUCCUACCACUACAUCUCCAAAACCCCGGCCAAGGACAGGAACCAAUAUUGUAAGAAGAAAUACUGGACAAAAGCGAUAUCCAGUUCAUCCUGAUCAACCGAGUCCUCAUGAAGCUUACAUUACCAGACAUGUUAGUGGAAAAAACAAGGAUGAUUUCAGCAUGGAUCGAAGAAUGGGCUUUCUUUGGUCAUGGAAUCAUAUGAUAAGUCGAAAAUGGAAAUCACUCUCAACAUCAGCUGGCGAUGAAAUGUUUCAAAAAAAAAUAAUCCAAGAUUUUAAACAUUUUUGUUUAAAUCGUGAUAAUAGAUUAAGUCAAUUUUGGGAAUCUUGUUGGGAAUUAAAAGAAAAGGCAUCAACAAGAGAAUCAAUUACAUAAAAAAUUGUAAAUAUUAUUUUUAAAUUGAUUUCAUAAUAAAUAUUGUUUUUAUAUAUUAA